AGACGCAGUUCUAUUCGCUUCCCUGUCUCCCCGAAUCCCUUCCUAGAUGCUCCUGGAGAAGUAGUACUUCUGUGCCAAGGAUAUCAUACUUAUUUGUUUCAAAUCUCCCACACCCUCGUGAAAAUGCGUUUCGCGUCACUAGCCGCACGGCAUUUAUUCACUACCCUGUACUCCCACAUCGUCGCCUCAAGUUACUACAUAGUACGCCUAAACAUGCAAAAUUCCACUCCAAAAUUACCUGUCCUAACGCGUAGGCCCUGUUUUUUCAUUGCGAUUCGUAAAGUGUGCGAACAAUUUCUGAACAGUACAACGUUAUCGUGGUUGUUGAACUCAUUACAGCUUGUGCUGUUGCUAUAAACUUCUGAAAAAAAACUUCCUUACGAUGCGUUCUUCGCAAGUCGCCUUGUGCUUGCGCAGUCGACCACAGCGGUCGACCACCACCCGAGGAGCACACUGAGGCUGAGAUAAGAGAGCACACAGCAGCUGCUGCUGCUGCAUAACGGUUCGUAAACAAGCAGAAAGACUUUCUGCUCGUCGUCAAAAGUUAUGGUGGACAACUCGGUGCUGUUUACUACUUUAGACGAUGAUCUGCAGGAUCAGUUGCGGACCAUUAAAGCGAAGGGAUGGAAGAACACGAAGUUCAGAGGUACACUUUUUGCUCUUGGAUAUGUGUCAUGCAUGAUUUGCAGCAUGACCUGCAUUUGCUACACAGGAGCAUGAAAAACAAUUCCAAAAUCAAUAAAUCAAAACAGACAAUCACACCCUGGUCCACUGGGCGUGUUUCCACAACCGCAUCGACGUUCUGCAUCUGCUCCUGGAGUCCAACUUCCGUGAUGACAUUGACUUGGAGAUUCGCGACACGGCCGGCCACCGCGCGGUGGACUACGCGACCCGACCCGAAAUCCGCCGCUACAUGGACAACGCGCGGAUGGCGCAACAGGCGAGACGGAAGUUCCAGAAGUUGAAUAACCAUAGUUGGAUGAGCAGCCCUGGGGGGCAGUUGUCUGGUACUUCUGCGACCACGUCUUCGCGGCUGCAACAUGGAGGUGUGUCCUCCCACAUGAAUAAUUCCACCACCAGUAGCCCGAUGAACCACUACCCGAGCAACACUCUAUCAUCUUCGCAGCACCUCACCCUUGACGACUUUUCCGCGCCGAUGUCCAUCACGAGACGAUCAGAGUCAAAUUCCUCCACGAGUCGGCAAGGGGAUUACUCUGCCUCCCUAGUCGAUUUGACAAAACUCCCCGCGGUGAACGAGGAGGAAGAAUUGCAGCAAGAGGGAUCUUUUUUCUGGAAUAAACUGCUCGGGGGAUCGAUGUUUUCCGGGAUGGGUGGUAGUAGCAACGCCUUGUCCCAGCACGAUGACAGGUCUACCGGCGUAAGUACAUCAACGGCGACGGGCGGCGGGCAGACGAGUAGCAGCUCGUUUUACAAUACCAGCUCGGGUAGCUCCGCAUCGGGGGACGAUGGAAUGUUUGGGACGACGAGUUAUGGAGGCGGGAACUCGAGCUCGAGUAGUAGCCCGGCCCAGACGGUUGUGCACAACGGACAGAGGGCGAUUGACAUAUUACCGGGUAGCAGACCUAGUGCAGCGGAGCAACAGCAAGGAGGAGGAGGUGAUGGGAUAAACAAUGAACAGCCAACAAGUUCUUCUAUCGGCGGGUUUAUUAGUGGAUUAAUGUGGGGAAGCAGCGGUACUAGCAGCAGCUCUAGUACCUCAUCACCAACUGCUAAUCCGGGAGGUCGUGGUAACACGGGGGCCCAAUACCAUCAGCAGCAACACCAGCAGCACAAAAAACCACCUCCUCCGACCAAAAAACCCAAGAACCGCUUAGGCAACGCGGAGGAGCUGUCCGAUUUAGCUGCGUUUUCCCACCGCCAGCAGAUGAAAGUGCAGGACAAAUUGGAUCGAUCCUCAAGAGCCGCUGGUGCAAACGAGCCCUCCUGCCCCGCCGCCUGCCCCAAGCCCUGUUGCGCUCCGGGCCAGGCGAAUUUCCCCGGAAGUAACCGACUGUCGCCCAUGGCGGGGAGGAUCGGUUUAGGAGCGUUAAACAGCAAUUUUGACGGUUGUCAGGAGAUCGCGCACAGCAACACCAGUCGGGGGAGUUCGUGGGUGAAUCCAAAAGCGCCGUUCUCCCAGCGGGGACUCUCGCCAAACGGAACAACGGGUACUAGGGGUGGCAGUUACGACGAUGAUAGGGACAAAGCGACAAAUCUGAUGGACAUGCUACAGUCGUUAGACCCGAGAAGCGAGGAUACUAUGAAACAACCGGGGCACCAUCAGAAAGCUUCUUCCUCUGCGCAUCACCAUCAUACUCAUAGUGGCAACACCACAACGUACGGCUCUGUCACUUCCAACUCCGACCGGUUCCGAGAUCUGCAAGCGCAAUACGCACCCUCACCCGGAUUCGAGAGGCAAGACCAUCAUCAAAACGAUAUCCUGAGUAAAAACGUACCCACACCAGAGUCAAGAUGGCAAAUCUGCUAGACAAAUCAGCCAGCUUUGGUCGUUUGGCAUGACAAGUUCGUCUUCGUAGUGUAAUCCUGUUUAGGUAGUUCAGCAGCAUCACAGAUCUAGUAUAUCAUGCUGAUUGUAGCAUCACAAAUCCCAAAACACGACUAGACAAUGCCUCUCAUGGCGCUCCGCAUGACAAACCUUUUUGGCAUGCAGAUUUGCAUGACAACUCUGGUGUGGGUACGUUUUUACUCAGGAUAAACGAGGACUGGUCGGACGAUGAUGACGAGGAUGCGGAUAUCCUGAGCAAAAAUGUACCCACCCCAGAGUUGUCAUGCAGAUUUGCAGCUACAGGAAGAUUUGUAAUGCGCAUCCACACGAGAGGCGUUUCCAAUCGCGUUUUGCGCUUUGUAAUGCUGUCGACAGGAUGAGUAGAUGGAUUUGUGUUGCGGCUGUGCUUGCUAAACUGCACUACAAUACAGAGACGAACUUGUCAUGCUGGACCCCCAAAACUUCUCGAUUUGUGUUGCAAAAUCCCCAUCCUGACUCUGGUGUGGGUACGUUUUUACUCAGGAUAGCGGAGUUUAAGAAGGUGAAAAAGCGUCUGAAUGCGCGGAAAAAGAAGAAAAAGGGGACGGUCUGCUACUGCCCCACCCCUUGGGGCCACGAAAUACCGUUGAAUUGCUGUCAGUGCGUGGUCUGCACCUUAGUGUCCACGGGGGUGAGCAGUGUGGUGUUUUUCGUGCUGAUUUACUUCGUGAUGGUUUUGUUCGGCUUGAUGGAAGCGGGAGAAAUCAAAACGUUGUGGACGAUGAACGCCGGUAAAAAUCACCAUAGUAAUACCGGGAGCCCAGCGUCUUCACGCCAUUCGAGUAACGGAGGGAGGAACAACAACCGGAGAAAUCGGCGAAGUAGUAGAUCAUCCUCUAACGCCCGGUCUUCUUGGCAACAUGAGGACGACGAGGGUAGGGGGAGAAAUGCAAAUGACGCACAGGAUGGUGGUGGUUCUGUUACAACCCGAGCAGGAAAUUACAAUGGGCAAGACAACGGUAUUAAAAACAAUCGGUUCGCCAUCAGCGAUGCGGAUAACGCGCUCGAGCAGGAGGAACUAGUCAGGCAAUUUGACACGACAAGGGCGAAUGAAGAAAACGGCAAUUAUGAUCCCAACGCAGGCGAAGACGACGAAGAAAACAUCAAUGGAGAUGGCAGUCAGGAUCAGGACCCGCCCGAAGACAACGGGUAUGAUUAUAACGGAGAUGACAGAGGACCAAGUACUAGAGAGGACCAGGCCGAACAACAGGAUCAGAACCAAAGUACACAAGAACAGCAGGAUGGGAAUCUUCAAGAGCAAGACCAGCGGCAAGAAGAGCGAUCAGGAGCGGCCUCGUCCAACAGCAGGAACAAUAAGCCGGCGCACAAGAGCAAAAAAGCCCGAAGGAGAAUAAACCACAAUAACGGCAACAGCGAUGGUACUAACGGCCAAGCCACGCACCAUAGUUCCCAACACCACGCGACCACGCACAGUAUGACCACCAGCAGCUUUGGGGAGUUUGUUGGAGGUGCGGACGGGAGUAGUGAUAGCAUUGCUCCUGCACUGUUCAACGACAAUCUGCAAGAUCGGACUGUGAACCUAAACCUUUCGGGAACAUCAUCAAGCAGCAGCAAUACAAGGAACACCUACGUUGCGCUGAGGGGAUCUUCAACAAACACGGGGAAAACGCCACAGGCGCUUCUGGCAAGAUCUGGCUCGACGUCGUCUACCGAGGAACCAGAUGAUCGGCUAUUCAAUGAGGACGGGGAAGAGGAUUCUGCUGAGUACAAUUCUCGCCUCGCUGUCGCGGAAGGCGGUGUGCAAGAACCAGCGACGAAAGGAGAAUUGACCGUGCCCUCGUACGGAAGUAGCUCGUUUCUUGCUACGGUUGCGGAGAAGUACAACUACCCGGGACACGAUGAGAUUGACGAGAAUGGCGGCAUGGAAGAUAAUGCGGACGGUGGUCUGACUCUGAACUACGAGCUCUACGCGGAGCAACAAAGUCAGAAGGGCGGUGGAACGAGCCACUUACGGGGGGUAGUAGUGCGACAAGAUACAACGCCACCUCGGGAGGUUCAGGGGAAAAAUGCGGAAGAAGUAGCACGAACCGCGUUUGAAGCCACCGUUUUCUAUGCGUAGGAACAAAGAAAGCGUGGUGAUAAAUUCUGUAUAGAAGUGCAAACGAAAGUUGUCAUACCAAACUAUUACAUGCGCCUAUCCUCCGUAGUAUGGCAACGGAAGCGAAAACGAAAAUUAACGGAUGUCUCAAGCACGAAAACCUCCUGUAAAAAUUUCCUGAAGCGAUUCUGUACAAAUUUGUUGUCCACCUUGUCUGAAACAACAGAGAAUGCCAUGCAAAUUCGUGUACAAUUGGAAUUGAUUGUCGAAGUGUCGUACUAGUCCAAAAUGAGAACAAACAAGAAGGAGAAGCUGCGUUUCAGCCGGAU